GCAUCUUAAAAUCCCUGGAUGUGUGGCUAUUAAUGUCCGACCCUGUUUUAAGAAAUUCUACCCUACAGCUGAAAAAAGUAGUCUCGCAUAUUACUUAAGGGAGUGUAAUCUUGACAACAAAGUGGAUUUACCUAUUUCACGAAUGAACAAAUAUUACAAAGAGGCAUUAAAAGAAACAAAUGCCACAACAGCUGAGCAGAUGCGUGAAGUAGCCAAAUACUGCAUUAUUGAUGCUCUUAGCUGUCAGCGGUUAAUGGUCAAGCGUAAUGUAAUUAAUGAGUACAGGGAGGUUGCGAGCAUAGCGCUUAUAUCAUUAUUCAAUACGCAUUAUUUCGCAAUAGAAAUGAAAGUGUGUAAUCUUUUAAGUGCUGGUGUGUGGCAGGAAGGAAUUUUAACCAGUACAAUUCCAUGCGAACAAACAGAAAUAGGAAAAUACCCUGGGGCAUAUGUAUUCCCGCCGGAAAAAGGUCUUGAGAAUAAACGUCCU